AGUUUUAUGUCAUACCCAUUACCUACUACAUUUUGGUUUACCGGACGGAGAAGAGAAAGGGGGAGGAAAAUAUAUUACUCUAUUUCCAUAAAUGAAUUAUUUGACGUGCCUACCAUGAUUUGGUACAGAUGGACGAGGAGUAAAAGAUUGCUCCUUUUUGUCAUUCCCCGAGAGACUGGAAAAGUUGACGUGGAUUGGUAGCAUACUCCAUUUUUAUCCUCUAUGCACUUUUGCUUCCUAACAAAAAGAGGGAACUACCCCUUCUCUUUUCUUUUAUUACUCUCCUAUAACUGACCCUCUCUGAAUUCCAAUGAAACAUGAAACCUGCUUUCAAGGGAGAGUCUCCCAUGGAGUUUUCCUUUCUUUCAUGGUCUUUGUUGUCAUCUCCUAUGACUUCCUCAGUCUGUUUUGUGGGAGGCCGAUGGGGAAUGGUUAAAGAAAUAUAUUGUCUGCAUCUUUGAAUAAAUGCUGAACAGUGGGCAAGAAGGUGGCUAAAGGGUAGAGUGAAGUUAUAAGAAGACAAAAAGUGUAGAAGAACUUACUUUAAAGUAAAUGCAUUGUAUAACAUAUUGUUUACUAAUUAUUAGUGAUAAAUCAUCAUUGCAUGCUCAAGUUCACUUUAAACUGAGCAUCACCAUCUUACACCAUUCCAAGUUGCGAAUGGAUUUUUUGGUAAGGUUCCUAUUUCUCAGCAAUUUGUUAUAAAUACAAGGCAAUUCAAUCUUUGACUCAUCACUCAUGCUGGCGAUGAUCUAGUUUUAGAUAUGGAGGAGGCUGCUGGAUCACAAUAUUCCCACUCUUGCUCUUCUUUGCAAGAUUGAAUAGAAGAGAAAGUAGACCCAUGGAACUUGUUGCCAUAUUCAACUCUUUGACACUUUAAUUUGACGCUUAUCAUACCUUUUUAUUAGAAUACUGUUCUUUAUAAUAAGCUGAGAUCUUCAGAUUUUAAAGUUUUAUUGUCUCAAAAUAAAAUGUUAGCAGACAGAAUACAUGAACAGAAUAUUCAAAAAGGUUAAAGCAUGACAGAUCCUCAGUAAAAAUAUUUGUUGGAUCUAUUGGCGUCUGUCGAUGAAUUUGCUGUACUCACUAUCUCAGUUUUACUCAUAAUUUGUGCAAGAAAAGAUGAAUCUGAAUUGUUUAGUUGUGUUAUUAAUUCUCCAAUAUGUGGUAACGUGAUUGUGUAUGUAAUCUUAAGUGGCUGCCUGGAAUACAAAUAUCAACAGUUUAGCUGGUUGUCCUCCCCUCUCCCCUUCAUUUCCCCCUUUCCUUUACAACUUCAUUUAAUGAGGUUUAUUUGCUCAGUUUUAUUUCUGAUCAGCAUGGAAGAGAGUGUGAGGGUUAUUGUUUUAUACUUCUCUAGUUACUUGUUUGGUUUCUCCUACUUCUCUUGUAAUUUGGUUUACUAUCAAUUCUCACAAUUAUGGACCUUGUUUUUGAGACUGGUAACAUUUUAUUCUCAGAAGCACUACGGCAGUGCAAGCUAUUUUACAGAUUACAAAAGUCCUAGCAUAUCUACCAAAGAUUCUGUAUCUGCUACAUGAAUUUCUUUACACCAAAAAUAAAGUAAGUGAACAUAGUUCAUCUUAACUUCCCAAAAAGGCAUGUGCUUAUCUUAAAAAAAUUCUGUUGUUCCUUUCCUUCCAAACUGUCCAUAUGCAAGCAGGUAUUAGACUCCACCAAGAUUUCUGCCUCACAAUGCCACCAUUGUUGUUCCAACACUCCAGAAGCUCUUCAGUGGUUGCUGGCAUGGUCCGGUUCAUUCCAACCAGGCUCAGAAAGAGUUGCCACAGCUGUGUUGUAAGAGCACAAUGAUUAAAAAGAUGACUGUUGGUUUCCAAAGCUCUGUCACACAACAUACAUCUUGAACAUAAUUGAAAGCCCCUCCUUUGCAACUUCUCUUGAGUAAGGCAAGCUCUUCUUGCCACCAGCCAUGAAAAACAGAUGACCUUGGAAGGAGCUUUUACUUUCCAGAUUUCCUUCCAUGGCCAUCUAUUUGUAUGCUGACUUGAGAAUGGAAGUUUUGAGUAAGCAGAUUUAACUGUCAAGAUCCCUUUACAACAGUUCUUCCAGAUUAAAGUAUCAUCAUGCUCAUUCAAUCCUUUAAAUUCCUCCAAGGUUCCAAAGAACUCAGCAACUCUCUCAAGUUCCCAGUCAUUAAGUCCUCUCCUGAAGAUGAUGUUCCCCCCAUGCUGCCCCCAUGUUUCUUCCAGUUUAAUUUCUGGCAAUGCAGUGAUGCUAUAGAAUUCAGGCAACAAAUCUUUAAUUGGACCAUGUCCUGGCCUGUCAUUCCAAAAAAGUGUUUUUCUUCCAUUUCCCACCCUUAUACUUGUGUUGAACAACAUAAAAUUCCAGUGCUGCCUGAUUGUUCUCUACACUCCACAUAAGGGCUGGUGACAGGAUUGGUACACCAUUGUUCUACUUGCCCAUACUUCUCACAUAUAACCUUUCUCCUUAGAGCACUACGUUCUGUAUUGUAUCUCCACAACCAUUUCAAAAGUGGGCUAUGGUUAUGAGCUUUGAGAUUCCUGACUCCCAGACCCCCUUGCCUUUUGUUAGUGAUGAGAAUGUCCCAUUCCACCAAGUGAAAUGAAUUCUUUUCACUAUUCCCUUCCCAGAUGAAAUUUCUCAUGAGUGCAUCCGAUAUAUCCCUUACCUUAUUAACUGGUAGAGGAAAUAAAGACAUCACAUAAGUGGGUAGUGCAUCUAGUGCAGAGUUUACCAAAGUGACCCUACCUUCCAUAGAUAGGUACUGCCUCUUCCAACUUGAUAAUCUCUUUUCACAUCUUUCAAUCACCACAUUCCAUAUUCCUUGUGCUUUGUUCUUGGCACCCAACAAGAAGUAGUUGGUAAUAAUGCCACCUUACAACCCAAAACAGCAGCUAAAACUUGGAUGUUUUGCAGUUCAUUCACUGGGUACAACCUGCUCUCCCUCCAAUUCACAUGUAGCCCUGAAAUAGCUUCAAACACAACCAGAAUAAGUCUUAAAUAUUUCAGUUGAUCAGCAUCAGCAUCACAGAAAACCAAAGAGUCAUCAGCAUACAACAGAUGUGUGAUGGCCAGGUUACUGUCUACACUGUUUGAGGCAUUAUAACCGAUGAUCCACCCAUUCCUCUUGGCUGUCUGAAACAUCUGCCCCAAACCUUCCAUGGCAAUAAGGAAGAGAAAAGGUGACAAGGGAUCACCCUGCCGGAGUCCUCUCUCUGAUGCAAAAAAACCCUGUGGAGAGACAUUUAUCAGGAUGGAGAACCUCAUAGUUCUUAUACAAAAAGAGAUCCAGCUAAUCCAUUUAGUCCCAAAUCCCAUGUCUCUUAACACUUUGAAGAGGAAAUUCCAGUUGACAGAAUCAUAAGCCUUUUCAAUGUCAAGCUUACAAAGUAUCUCUGCCUAUUGCUGUCAAGUCUGGGACAUUGAUGGGUGUCUUCGUGCCAUGCUUGCAAAAUAUUAUGGGAAUCAUCUAUUAUAUCAGGUUUUCUUGGAUUGUUGGUAUGGCUGGGAUUGGUCAGUCAUUGUUGCUCGUUGCUUUCUGUGGAUCUUGUACUUUCCUUACCACAAUAUCAUUAAGUGCUAUUGCCACCAAUGGCGCCAUGAAGGGGGGAGGACCUUACUAUCUCAUUGGUCGUGCUUUGGGUCCAGAAGUUGGUGUCAGCAUUGGGCUGUGUUUUUUUCUUGGAAAUGCAGUAGCUGGAGCAAUGUAUGUAUUGGGAGCUGUGGAAACCUUCCUAGAUGCUGUACCAGCUGCUGGCAUUCUUAGAGAAACUGUCACAAGAGUUAAUGGUACAGAUAUUGCGGAGCCCAUUACAAGGCCAAGUUUGCACGACCUGCAAAUUUAUGGGAUUGUCGUGACUAUUCUUCUCUGCUUCAUAGUUUUUGGUGGUGUAAAAAUGAUUAAUCGUGUCGCACCGGCAUUCCUUGUACCUGUUGUAUUCUCAUUGGUCUGCAUAUUCUCUGGCAUUCUUUUGGCAAGGCAUGAUCGUCCAGCAGUUGGAAUCACGGGGUUGAGUUCGGAAUCUUUCAAGGAGAAUUGGGGUCCUGCAUAUCAGAGGACUAGUAAUGCUGGAAUUCCAGAUCCUAAUGGAAAGAUAUACUGGAGUUUCAAUGCGUUGGUAGGUCUCUUUUUCCCUGCGGUGACUGGGAUCAUGGCAGGUUCAAAUCGUUCCGCCUCGCUAAAGGAUACUCAGCGUUCAAUUCCUGUUGGGACAUUAGCAGCAACUUUGACGACUAGUGGUUUAUAUCUAGUUUCAGUGCUGUUCUUUGGAUCCGUUGCAACUCGAGAUAAGCUUUUGACUGACAGGUUGUUGACGGCUUCAAUUGCUUGGCCGUUUCCAGCAAUUGUUUAUGUCGGUAUCAUCCUUUCAACCUUGGGGGCAGCCCUUCAAAGCUUGACUGGUGCACCACGUCUCCUCGCUGCUAUUGCAAAUGAUGAUAUUCUACCUGUUCUGAACUAUUUUAAAGUGGUAGAUGGAAGUGAGCCUCAUGUGGCUACUUUCUUCACUGCCUUCAUCUGUAUUGGAUGUGUUGUAAUUGGGAAUUUGGAUCUUAUUUCACCAACUAUAACAAUGUUUUACCUCCUAUGCUAUGCUGGUGUGAACUUAUCCUGCUUCCUUCUGGAUCUGUUGGAUGCUCCCAGCUGGCGACCUCGGUGGAAAUUCCACCACUGGAGUCUCUCUCUUGUUGGAGCAUUACUUUGUAUAGUGAUCAUGUUUUUGAUUUCAUGGGAAUUCACUGUGGUAUCACUAGCCCUAGCAAGUCUAAUCUAUUAUUAUGUGAGUAUCAAGGGGAAAGCAGGAGACUGGGGUGAUGGUUUCAAGAGUGCAUAUUUUCAGCUUGCUCUUCGUAGUUUACGAUCUUUGGGAGCAAGUCAGGUACAUCCCAAAAAUUGGUACCCUAUCCCUCUCAUAUUUUGUCGUCCAUGGGGCAAGCUGCCAGAAAAUGUACCUUGUCAUCCUAAACUAGCGGACUUUGCCAAUUGUAUGAAGAAAAAGGGCAGGGGUAUGUCCAUCUUUAUUUCUAUUAUAGAUGGAGACUACCAUGAAUGUGCUGAGGAUGCCAAGGCAGCUUGCAAGCGGCUAAGUACGUAUAUCGACUACAAGCAAUGUGAAGGUGUAGCAGAAAUAGUUGUUGCUCCCAACAUGUCAGAAGGCUUUAGAGGCAUUGUUCAGACUAUGGGCCUUGGGAAUCUCAAGCCAAACAUUAUUGUUAUGCGGUACCCUGAGAUAUGGCGGCGUGAAAAUUUAACUGAAAUUCCUGCUACCUUUGUUGGAAUAAUAAAUGACUGCAUUGUUGCAAACAAGGCAGUAGUUAUUGUGAAGGGUCUGGAUGAAUGGCCUAAUGAGUAUCAAAGACAGUAUGGAACCAUUGAUUUGUACUGGAUAGUCAGAGAUGGUGGUCUUAUGCUGCUGCUCUCUCAACUGCUUCUCACAAAAGAUAGCUUUGAGGGCUGUAAGAUUCAGGUAUUCUGCAUUGCUGAGGAAGAUUCUGAUGCAGAGGGACUCAAGGCUGAUGUAAAGAAAUUUCUUUAUGACCUCCGGAUGCAAGCUGAGGUAAUUGUCAUUUCCAUGAAGUCGUGGGAAGGCCAAGGGGAGCAGCAAGAAUCUGUUGAAGCAUUCAGUGCUGCUCAGGGCAGAAUAGCUAGUUAUCUGGGAGAGAUGAAAGAGAGAGCGGAGAGGGACAAGACUUCUUUGAUGGCUGAUGGAAAGCCAGUGGUCGUCAAUGAGCAACAAGUUGAGAAAUUCCUGUAUACCACUUUGAAGCUAAAUUCGACGAUUCUAAAAUACUCGAGGAUGGCUGCAGUUGUGUUUGUAAGUCUUCCUCCUCCUCCUGCCAAUCAUCCAGCAUUUUUCUACAUGGAAUACAUGGACCUGUUGGUUGAGAAUGUACCUAGGCUCUUGAUAGUUCGUGGAUAUCGUAGAGAUGUUGUGACUUUGUUUACGUAGGUGGUUCUGUUCAUACACUUCCUUUUUACCUCCCCUUUCUUUGUUGCUUUAUUUCAAUAGUUCCAAUUCAAUUUGUUAUUUUCUCUGUCUUCCUCUUGUUGUUUUUAUCUUUUCUCCUCGAGGUGGGUGUACAAUAUAGUUUUUGUAUCAUUAAUUCUAUUGAACUGGAUAUUUGGUGAAAGAAAUUUUGUUAUUGAUGAA